AUGGAAUUUUUCUGGUGCCAUUCCCAGUGCGUUCCCAGCACCAUUCCCGAACUGGGAUUUGGGGAGAUCCAGGGAUUGGGGGAUCCCUGGGAUUGGGGGAUCCUUGGGAUCGGGGGAUCCCUGGGAUCGAGGGGAAGCAGGGAUUGGAGUUAUCUCUGCCUCACUGCUGGGGAGUUGCGAUCGGGGGAAUCCCGGGAUCAGUCGAGACCCUCAAAAUCCCACAACCUCCUGGAAUUUGGGGAAUUCCAACUCCCUAAAGCCCGGAUUUCCCCGCGGGCAGACAUCCGCCUGCGCGUGCGCGCCGAGUACUGCCAGCACGACUCCGCCCUGCACGGCAACGUCUUCUCCAACAAGCAGGACCCGCUGGAGCGCCAAUUCGAGCGCUUCAACCAGGCCAACACCAUCCUGAAAUCCCGGGAUUUGGGCUCCAUCAUCUGCGACAUCAAAUUCUCGGAGCUCACCUACCUCGACGCCUUCUGGCGGGAUUACAUCAACGGCUCCCUCCUGGAGGCCCUCAAGGGCGUCUUCAUCACGGACUCGCUCAAACAGGCCGUGGGCCACGAGGCCAUCAAGCUGCUGGUCAACGUGGACGAGGAGGAUUACGAGCUGGGCCGCCAGAAACUCCUCAGGAACUUGAUGCUCCACACGGCUCCCUGAGGGAUCCAGCUCCGGUUGUUUUUUGUUGUUGUUUUCCCGGGUUUUUCCCGGAGUUUUUUUGUUGUUGUUGGGUUUUUUUUCUGAUUUUUUGUUUCACCGCGGAGGUGCCCGAGCGGAGCCCGCUGAUGGAUUUGGGGAGGGUUGGAAAUGUGGGAUAUUCUGGGAUUUGGAGCUUUUUGGGGUUCCUGAUGGGUUCUCCUUGUGUUUUCCAUGGGUUUUUCCUCCUGGUUUUGAUUUUGUAUCCAUUAAAAACGGCGAUGAAAAGGCAAAAAUCCCA